UUGAUUGCUCGUGCUAUUCAAAAAGACCUUACAAAACCCUAAUGCAUCGCAGCUACUUAAGCUCUCCUCCAGAGCCGCUAGACUCGAAACUCUCCCGUGCCGACGACUGAUUGCUUCAGUUUUUCGAAGAUCAACAACGACUCGGAGAUGGGUGAGGAAGUGAAGGGAGCAGUUGUGGUUCCAGAGUCGGUGUUGAAGAAGAGGAAAAGGGAAGAGGAGUGGGCUCUUGGUAAGAAACAAGAUCAGGAAGUCCAGAAGAAGAAGCAAGCUGAGAAGCGCAAGUUGAUUUUCAGCAGAGCUAUGCAGUAUUCGAAGGAGUAUGAUGAAGAGCAAAAGCAGUUGAUUCAGUUGAAGCGUGAGGCGAAAUUGAAGGGAGGGUUUUAUGUCAACCCAGAAGCCAAGCUGCUGUUCAUUGUCAGGAUUCGUGGUAUCAAUGCCAUGCACCCCAAGACCAGGACAAUUUUGCAGCUUCUGCGUUUGAGACAGAUUUUCAAUGGUGUCUUUCUGAAAGUGAACAAAGCAACCAUGAAUAUGCUGCACAGGGUUGAGCCCUACGUGACCUAUGGUUACCCGAACUUGAAAAGUGUCAGAGAAUUGAUUUACAAGAGAGGUUAUGGGAAAGUAAACAAGCAGAGAAUUGCUUUGACUGACAACUCGAUAAUUGAACAGGUCUUGGGCAAGUAUGGUAUCAUCUGUAUGGAAGAUCUCAUCCAUGAAAUCAUGACUGUUGGGCCGCAUUUCAAGGAGGCUAACAACUUCCUAUGGCCCAUCCAGUUGAAGGCACCUCUUGGUGGUUUGAAGAAGAAAAGAAAUCACUAUGUUGAAGGUGGUGAUGCUGGGAACCGUGAAGAUUAUAUCAAUGAGCUUAUCAGGAGGAUGAACUAGAUUUCUGUGGUGCCAUCAGUCUCUUGAGGUCCAGAGUUUACUGUUAUAAUUUUUAGCCGACAUUUGUUUCUUUUCUUGAUCGAAGUCCAAUUUCGGAGCGCAUUAUGAUUGGCAAUUUUGUUUCUUUGACUUGUGUUCUGACAAUUGCUUUUUAUUCAAUACUUUGCUUAUGCUUAUAUUUUGCUGUCA